GCCUGUACCUUCUUACCGCUCAGAGCUUUCGUGCCCUCCACAGGUCUCGCAGAACAGCGGUACGCGCGAGACCACGACAGAUCCGAGGACUCUCUUUCUCAGCACAACUGCCAGGUCGUCCGGCACAAAAAAAUGACGUCACGCUUGGCUAUUGCUGCUGUCUGCGUAGCCCUCCUUGUCACAUCAGAAUGUGCUCGGUUUAAGAGACAAAAUGACGACGACGACGGUGACGCGUCGCAGAGCGUAGACGAAUUGUGCGAAAACAGAGCCCCCGACGAGUACUUCCGCCUCACCACCGAAGGAGACUGCAGAGACGUCGUCAGGUGCGACAAAGCAGGUGGUAAUAUAGGCACUCGUUUGGCUGGAGUGCGUUGUCCGACUGGACUCGCCUUCGACAUUGACAGACAAACUUGUGACUGGAAGACCAAUGUCAAGAACUGUGAUAAACUCGAGAAGCCGCGCAAGGUGCAGCCUCUCCUGAAGACAGACGAACCUGUCUGCCCUGACGGCAAACUCAGCUGCGGCAACGGCGAGUGCAUCAACAAGGAGCUCUUCUGUAACGACACGCCCGACUGCAAGGACGGCUCUGACGAGAACGCCUGUUCCGUGGAGACUGACCCGAACCGUGCCCCCGACUGCGACCCCACCCAGUGCGUUCUGCCCGACUGUUUCUGCUCCGCCGACGGCACCCGCAUCCCCGGCAACAUCGAGCCCAACCAGGUGCCGCAGAUGAUCACGCUGACGUUCAACGGCGCCAUCAACAUCGACAAUAUCGACCUGUACGAGGAGAUCUUCAACGGUCAGCGCCAGAACCCGAACGGCUGCCAGAUCAAGGCGACCUUCUUCAUGAACCACAAAUACUCCAACUACUCGGCCGUGCAGGACCUGCACCGGCGCGGCCACGAAAUCGCCGUCUUCUCGCUCACGCACCGCGACGAGCCCAAAUACUGGACGUCCGGCUCGUACGACGACUGGCUGGCCGAGAUGGCCGGCGGACGCCUCAUCAUCGAGCGCUUCGCCAACAUCACCGACGGCAGCAUCAUCGGCGUCCGCGCGCCCUACCUGCGCGUCGGCGGCAACAAACAGUUCGAGAUGAUGGCCGACCAGUUCUUCGUGUACGACGCGUCCAUCACCGCCUCGCUGGGCCGCGUGCCCAUCUGGCCCUACACCCUCUACUUCCGCAUGCCCCACAAGUGCAACGGCAACGCCCAGAACUGCCCCAGCAAGAGCCACCCCGUCUGGGAAAUCGUCAUGAACGAGUUGGACCGCAGAGACGAUCCCUCCUUCGACGAGUCCCUGCCCGGUUGUCACAUGGUCGACUCUUGUUCCAACAUCCAGGCCGGCGACCAGUUCGGCCGCCUCCUCCGCCACAACUUCAACCGCCACUUCAACAGCAACAGGGCCCCUCUUGGUCUGCACUUCUCCGCCUCGUGGUUGAAGAGCAAGAAGGAGUACAAGGAAGAACUGAUCAAGUUCAUCGAGGAAAUGCUUGACCGCAACGAUGUCUACUUUGUCACCAACCUUCAGGUCAUCCAAUGGAUGCAGAACCCCACCGAGCUGACCGGUCUGCGCGACUUCUCCGAGUGGAAGGAAAAGUGCGACGUCAAGGGCCAGCCUUUCUGCUCGCUGCCCAACGCCUGCCCCCUGACCACCAGGGAGCUGCCAGGAGAGACCCUGCGACUGUUCACCUGCAUGGAAUGCCCCAACAACUACCCCUGGAUCCUCGACCCCACCGGCGACGGCUUCAACAAGCGCCGAUAAUUUUUCGGGAAUAAUUGCCUUUUUGUAAAUAACUUUUCUGCAACUACGCUCUCUUGAAAAUAUGUGAGGAUUUUUGUUAUUUAAGAAAGUAAUUUGACGAGACAAAAAUUAUAUGAUCGACCGAGGAAGGUUUCAAAGCAAUUUUGCAGCUGAAAUGGUUUAAUUUAUAAUUUGCCGAAUGUUGUCACCCUUGCCAUUGCCAAAUUAUAAAUAAGAAGGAAGAGGCGCUUCGAAUUACUUGAGGUGAAGUGCGUGAUAAUAAAUAUGUUGACAAGAAAAAAAACUGUUUUUUUACU